UUUCUGCGUUUUACAUGCAUUUAAACAUGCGGAAUCAGAGUUUGACCCGAACUAACAAAGGGAAGAAUUACGGAAAGAGGCCAUCAUCGACAAUUUCAACAAAUAACUUGACCCAUAAGUUCAAUGGCAGACGACACUCGAAAUUAUAAAAACGACAAUCGAAACCAAAACACCAAUUUCGGAUUGCGAUACUUCUUGCAGGCGGCGCUGUGGUAGCGUCAUUUCGCUGUUUGGCGCGCUUUAGAUAUAAGAACUUUAGGCGCCUCUUUCGGUACGCGCUGGUGCCCGCCACUUCCUCGCGUACUUUUCAGUGCGGUCGUACAGUUAUGGCAGGCACAGUUUGCCUCGCAGUCCUGGAGGAUGGCCAAAGAAAGAAGAUUUCGCUGCCAAACGGCGCCUACGGCGAAUUGCUACGUGCUUUACGCUCUCUGACCGACAUCGAUGACACCACUCUGAUCCAGAUGUACGACGAGGAGGUUGAAGAUUACGUUGACUUGGAUAUGCACAGCAACAUCCUAAACAAGGCCAAAAUAAGACUGGCACGGAGGAUAGCCCCUCAAAUGGAUCGUGCAGGCCCUGCGUUUGCUGUUCGAGGUGGAGGCAACACGGAAAUGACUCAGUCUAGUGCUGUUACAGAAUGUGCAGAGGAGGUGCAGCAUGUACAGUCUGUGCCGUUGGAGAAGGAGAAGGACUACUUAGAUUUUGUGCUACCCUCUUUUGACCAUUACGAGGAAGUGCUUCGUAGAAAAGUCCCGAUAAAUUGUGCAGUGCGACGUGCUAUUAUCAACAAGCUGUUUGCAGCUUGCUUCAAGAUAGCUUGGUACCCUUCUAGACAGUUGUACCGCGUAGCUGCCGAGAGGCUUGUCAGUGCAUACCCACACCUUGCUGACAGAGUUGGCAGCGGAAAUGGCCUGGACUCGUGGGUCAUGGCAUUGAGAAACAAAUUCAAGAACAUGCGUAAGAAGGCGGAGAAUUGCUCUGAAGAAAUGUUGGCAAAAAAAAGGCACUUCCUGGUCAAGCGCAAACAACAGAUGGCUUCUGGUGAAGCUACAAACAAGAAGUUAUGCCGCCUUUUUGAUUGCAGUCAUCUUGUAGCAUAUGGAGAAACUGCCGAGUCAUUGAGGCUGCACAACGAAUGGCUUCAAGACAAUGCUGGCUGCCAAGAUGAGGCAGUAAGGCCGAGGCUGCUUGCAACAGCAAAAGACAGGCAUGAACAACUUCGCAGCCUUACGCUGUCAGAUGCUCUGUUGCUGUUCCCCUUUCUGGCAACUGAGGCAUCGCUUCUCGUGGAGUUUGACCUACUUUUCCAAAGAAACGUGAUGGAGGCAAUGGAGAAUGGCUGCAAGCAGCUUGGUUACACUAUUCUGAGCUUUGGAGAAGCAGAAGAGGUUGUGGCAUUUUCCGAAGUGGGAUCCGAGGAUGCUGUUCUGGCAGCUCUGCAGUUUGUAGCAAAGCGCUGCAAGGAGCCCAUAGAUAGCAUCAUUACGCAGGAAGAAGCCCCGCUGACCCCGUGUCUGGUGCAGGAUGAAGGAUUUGCACUGCACAUCGACAAGCAACUAGUGUUUCAAGUCUCCUCGCUGCUUUCGGGAGUAGCCUGCCUCUUUGCAUCCUUUUGGGUGUUUCAUGUGGAAUACCCACGAAAGGCGCACAAAAUGUUAACAUUCAUAGAACAUGCAUUUCUGAACUUAACGCACACAAAGCCGCGUGUCAAAGCUCUUCAACUAAUCAAUUUUUUCAGAGGCCAUGCAGACUCCCUGGAAGAGCCAUAGGCUACUAACCAGUGGCCACACUCAAGGCCUAAAAAACUUCUUUGCAGCCGAUUCUUGUGUAGAGUUUCACAGCCCAAUUGAUGAUUUGGUCCAAGGGCUGGGCAAUCUGAUGUGUUAGGAAGCAGAAAUGCCAACUUCGCAGAUGCAAAGUUAUCCAGUGCGAUGUGCGCCGAUGCAUUUAGGAUAACUGCAAUUCUGUUCUUCGCUGCAACAUAGUGGUCAGUGAGGCGCAUGUACUCCUCAGAAAGCUUUGCAGUCGAUGCUUUUGUAUUGCUGCAGUAGACAACUCUAGACGGCAGUUGGGUGCUUUUGAAACAUCUUGGCAUGGCUGACUUCCCAAUCACAAGAAAUGGUUCACUUCGAAUGCAGCUGAAAUCCUGUCAUUGGCAUGCUUACCGCCAGUGCAUGUCUCGUCAUUGAAUGCAGGCAUUCUGUCUAGUAGCAGCUUGAAGAGCGCAGACUCAUUCGUGUUAAAGAUAUUGUUGGGUGCGCAGUCUAUCAAGAUGUGCCUCGGCUGACCAUUUUGCCAUGUUUCUGCAUCCUCUGUGUUGCCAACGGCAUCUUCUCCUGAAGUGGUCAUGUUUAUGGCGUACCUCACUUUAAAUUUCGCCAGCCAGCUGUUGCUGCAUAUGAAGUUGUGGUUCAGCUGCGAAGCGAAAACCGGGGCCUUCUCGGCAAGUAGGGGUUGCAAUAAAGACAGUGGACGUUAAACUGCCUCAAUACUGUAAUACUUCAAUCAUAAUGUGGUAGUCAAGCUUAAGUGUUAAGUUAUUGCUUGUGUUUUGUAAUAUUGUUGCCUUGCACACAAUGGUUUUCCUAGUUCUUUUUGUGCUGUUUGCCACAGUUUACUUUAAAAAUAUGUGCCGGCUUUUUUCUGCAAUGUGCAUUUGUUCAAGAUAUAGUGGCCAGUGCAUCAAAGUGACUAGUAGUGCACAGCUCAUGUGUUUUAUGUUGUAAAGGUGCUGAGCUUGAUACACAAAAGCAACAGUAGCAGAUAUGCUGUGAGCUAAUUUUAACGUACUGGCUCCUAUGUUAUGCACCAUUCAAAUUUGAUUCAGUAUGAACAGGCUUCAAGAAUGUUUGGUCAAAUGGCCUAGUGAAACCUUUUUUUAUAUAUGACUUUAGGAGUUUUAAAAAGUGCCUUUAAUUUUUAUUAUUUAUUUAGGUAGAUAAAUGUUAUAUUCAGUCACAUUAUAGGCAAUUUAUUUUUGCACACCAAAAUGUUUGUAAUGAGCACAGGUGUGCAAGAAAGCCCUCAGGAAUGUUGGUCACCUGUGCUGUGUUUCAGCUUUCAGCUCAAUAAGUGGUAUGAGUUGACCUCUCAAUAUAGUGCUAAGGUUUUUCACUUUUAUUUCUGUUGUACUAAGUCGCACAGACUACCACUGACUGGCAUCAGUGCUAGAUUGUUAAAGGAGUACUGACACGUAAAUUCGGUGUCCCGAUUUCUUGAGUAGCUGCUGACUCCAUAUUUACGGUGCGAAGCCUCAGUUCCAUGAGAGUGCUACAAAUUAAUAAUUAAAAUAUCUUUGUACGGCUUGUCCGAAACGCUCUUCUGGCAGAGUGAGGCCUCGGACAUGAAAAAGGUUAUUUGUCGCUUCACCGAAAGUUGAGUUGGCAGGGUGUAGUAGUUGAAUUGAAUUGAAGUUAAGGGCAUGAACUGAUUGUGUCGCCGAAAGCUGCCAAACUGUCCCUUCUGAUUGUUCACUUGGAAAUACAGGGAGACACUCCCUUCCCUCUUGUCCCGUGGAGUGUUAAAUGGGCUGGGCUUUAAACACGACGACCGUGGUGUGCAUACAUGUUGGCAGUAUCCGGUACCAUGAAAUUGCAAUUGGUUUCGUCGCUACAUGCGUAACCUUCUACACCUCUGAAGCAGCACUGCUCUUGGCAUGCAUUUUGAGUCUUAAUAAAAAGUAAUUUAAUUAAUUAUUGCAUACUUGGGGAAUUGAGAUGCCAUAAUUUAUUUAUUCGGUUGAGGUCUAUCAAGUGAAGUAAAAAAAUGGCACAAAAAUGGUCAAUGCUUUCAAUUUGACAAGGCUUAAAUUUGGCAGCUUCACAAAUCUAGUCAUAUGCAACAGUGUUGGGCAUGGUCUGGUGAAAAGGGAUUGUUUAAUAAGCUGGUUAAAGCUUCGUAUGUUGAUAUAUUUUAAGUGUGUGAUAAGUUCCUUAAAUUUGUGCCUUUUCAUUCUUUGCUGGCCACUGGCACCAUUGUACAGUGCCUGGAUUUCUUUGUUUUAGCCGUUGUGCAAGCUUUCUAGUCACUAGGUCGAAGUAUAUAUUUGUGGUAAAUGCUGAAUAUGUGAUAAGUUCAGGCUUCUUAUGUUUGUGCCAUAGGUUUGUCAUAUUUUAUUGUGCGAGACCGUCUCCUGGCCACUGGAGUUUUUGUACAUUACCUGUAUCUUUAAAAAUACUGUUCUAAACAUGUGCAAACUGUCUAGUCACCAUUUGUACUCAUUGUUGGAAGGAACCGCAGGACUGCAAUAUAUAAAAUGUGAUAUUUCUAAUAAAAUAUUUUGUGAGUG